AUGGCCGCCGCACAUUCUUCCCCCCAAGACCACGACUCCUCGCCGUCCUUGUCGCCGCCCCGAUCCGUCGUCGACCGCGUCGCCACGCCCUUGAGCCUGUUCUUCGACUCGUCCUCGACGCGCAGGGUGCCCGCCGUCUCGAGGGAGGACCCCUUUGCCGCAAUGUCGCUCGCCGAGACACCAGAGCCCGCUCGCCAGCCGCCGCUCGCCGUCGGUCCCACAGCCCAGGGCCCCGACGCCCGCGCCAGGGCCGCCCGUCAAUACGAGCCCCCAUCGCUGGACCCUGUCGCGCGAAUGACAAACACCAUGUCGCCCCCUGACAGCAGCGCCGACUCUCACUCUCCCCUCUCCGACCUUCGCCCACUGCGCACCGCCAGCGUACGCGCCGACACUAGGCUCGCCCAACCAACGCCCAUGCCAAGUACCAGCCAGCCGGGGUCCGACCUGAAGAUGCGGCCGGGCUCUCCCCGGGGAAACAUCGCCCAGCUCGAAGCCACCGCCGAGAGGCUGUCCAUGACCAGCUCCAUCGACGACGCCAUCCGCGACCUGCACGGGGAGCUGAAGCGAAGCGACAGCCGCCGUUCCUCGCUCCUCGCCGCCAGCCUGCGCGCCUCUUCGGCUGACGCACCCAGCAACGACCACUACACUCACAACAACGACGAGGCUACCGCGGCCGUCGAGCAGCUGCGGCAACACCUAUCCGCAUCCUCGUCCAUCGUCUCGACAAACACGGCUGCUCGCCAGGGCGGCUACUCGCCCGCUGCCUUUGUCAUGUCGCCCACCCACUCUCUCUCUGGCCGUCUCCGCUCCGGUUCCAAGAGCACCGCGGGGCGCCCUGACCUUGAUUUCGAUCCCUUGCUAUCCCGGCACGGCCCUGGCAAGGCGUCUGACAGGAGCGCCCGCUCAGCCAAGAUGUCCCUGGCCGAAAUCUCAGAGUCCGAGCCAGUCUCCCUUACCCAGGCGGCCCUCGACGAAGCCGACGUCGCCCCGCCCAUCGAGGAGCUGGUGGGCGAAGGCACGCUCAUGCUGUCGCGUCAUCAUGGCCAGCACUUGUCCAAUCCUGGCGACACUCCGCGCCAAGACGACGACACGAGAUGCACGAGCUCUCACUCAAACAAUACCUUCCAGCAGUGUCGCGAUGCCUUUAUCGACUUUGACGGCGUCCACUGGGAGCCUGAGCCUGAACAUGACUUGCUCGCCCCGCUGGAAAUCGAACAAGACUUGCCCACACCCCGCGGACCCUCGACUGAUCAGACGACACCGCAAUCCUACCUCGAUCCCGAGUCCGGCCAGGAGAUGCAGUAUUAUCCGGCCCGUGUUCCCGCCAUGCUCAACGUGCCGCCCAAGCUGUCCAACAAGAUCAAGACGGUCGAAAGGAACCAGAGACAGUCCAAGGUCCUGAGUGUCAUGAUGGACACCAACGGACAGCCCGCCUUGCCCGAGGCCCCUUGGCAAUCUGAACCGAACAGCCAAUCGGCCAUACCAGAAGCCGCGCACCCAUCCUGGCUUCCUGACCCCAUCGCCGGUCAACGGGAUUCGUUUGCCAUGCUGUCGCCCCCGAGUCCCCGAAAGAGUCGGGGCGCCAGGUCCAACAACGGCGACGAGGGACCACCAACCACCGCCGGGGCCGAAUCGGAGGGGCUUGCAGACACCCUGCGCCGCCCUCAACGACUGUCGGCGCUCGAUUCGGAGAAGCGAAAGUCCAGAGCCUCGUUCCUGACCAAACUGCCCCCUCAGCUUCGUGCCAGUGCCUUCUUCGACCUCCCCUCGGUCACGGCCGAUGUCGAAAUCAAGGAUGGAUCGGCCAUGGCCACACUUGACAGCAUCCUCGAUGCCUCUGCGACCGCGCCCGUCAGCGUCUUUACGGACCACGCCUUUGUCGGGAAGCUGGGGCCGGAAGUGUACGGGAAAAAGAAGAAGCACAAGUCACGGAAGUCUACGGCCACCCUCGGCGCACUUUCUGCCGCGCCCGAGCCCGAGCCCGAGCCCGAGCCCGAGCCGCGUCCCAAGAAGAGGUCGUCGCUCAUGUGGCUUAGGAGACGCACCAGCAACAACAACAUCGACGAGAAGAAGCGACCGCGUAGCAUGGCCAGCGCCCCUGUACUCGGCGCCGAUGCUGGAGCUGGAGUGACCGAGGACCGGAAAUCGGCCGAUGGAAGCGGUGACGACAAGUCGGUGCAUGACGAGGCGACCGAGGCAGAGUCGGAGAGCGACAAGGAAUCCGAGGAAGAGGAAGAGGCGUACCACGGCCCGCCGAGCACACUUCUCGCCGAGCUUCAGCUCCGUAAGCAGGAACAGCAGCUGCGAAAGAAGAACAUGGGUAGCGGGUUCCCCAACGGGAUCCAUGCGACGCUCCUGGAAAUGGACACUGUCGCAGAAACGCAACGCAGGCAUCGGCAGACGAAGCGUGUCAAUCUCGCGUGGGAAGAGCCCGGCGCACAUCUGGACCAAAACGGCUCCGAGGACGAGGAUGUUCCUUUGGCCAUCCUCGCUGCCAUGCACCACGGCGCCAAGAACAGGGCGGACCUCGAACGCCCCAUGGGGCUCAUGGAGCGCCGUGCGCUCGAGGACAACGAGCCGCUCAGCCGUCGCCGCGCACGCCUGCAGGGCCUCGACACCCUGCCGGUCGCUUUGCAAAAGCGCCAGAGCGUCAUGUCUUUCCCCGCUCUCGGGGCAGUGGAAAACCGGUCUCCGCUGCCGGUCAUGGGCCCGGUCUUGAGCCCUGCUUCAGGCCCGGUCUUGAGUCCUGCUUCAGGCCCGGUCUUUAGCCCUGCCUCAGGUCCCGAGGAGGAGGACGGCGAAGCUGAGACGCUGGGCGCGAGGCGGCGACGACUGGCCGCCACAGAAAGUGUCGAUGCCAAGCUUCCUCAAUCCCGGCCCCUCAGCAUCUCGUUCUCGGCCGAGUUGCUGAGCCAGUUCGGCGACCUUGACAAAGCAGAGGGGAAGCCCGUCGGCGACAAGGCAGACGCGCCACAGGAGACCACCGGAGAAGAGACACUCGGCCAACGGCGCCGCCGACUACAAGCCGAGAAGGAGGCCCGAGAGCAGGAGAUGAGCCACGGCAAUAUGACGGCUGGGUCAGCGCAAAGGAUCAGCCGGAGAAUAAGCAUGGCGGAUGUUUUGGCCGCGCACCCCAAGAAGGACUCUGACGUCCGGGAAAAGGAGGAUGAGGUUCGCCGAGUCGACGAGAAUCGUGCCGUCAUGGAGCGAGAGGCCAAGAUGGCGGCCAUGAGGAAGCAGAUGCCCCAGAGCCUGAUACAGCCCAACGUGGAACGCUCUGGAGGCUUCCGCGGCGGGGCGUACAACGACGGAAACGGAGGCUGCGGCCCCCAGAUUUCCCGAAACAGCGUUGCCUUUGCUCCCCAGGGCCUCACCCAAGGGCCCUACGGGUACGGGAACUACAACAGGUCCAGUGUUCUGCUCAACAACUACAAGGGACCAGCGCAGCAGCCAAUGUACGGCGCCAUGAGCCCGUCGAACCACGUUGGCGCGUAUGAUGGCAUCAACGCGACUGGACUCUUCAACGGCAAUACGGCGAUGAGCAUGUACGGCGGCGGAUUGAUGCCGCCCGUGGCAGUGAAUGGCGGCUCCAUGGACCGUGUCGAGCGGUGGCGACGCGGAGUGCACCCUUGA